GGAGUUCUAAGCAAGCCAGGACCCAUUCACCAGCGCGUUCGUCCUGUGGGUGGGGAGCUCCAGCAUCCUUUCCCUGGCCAAGUUGGGCACCUGGAGAGCCGCUGCGCCACCUGGAGGCGGAGGGACGCAGUGCUCCCGGACCCGCUCACAGGGUUUAUUUAGGUUUCCAUCUGCAAAAGCUUUCCGUGCUCGCUGGCUGCUUCUCCAGCGAGAUCAGGAACUCAGAGCUAUCUGCAGCACGUCGGUGAGGGGGUCCAAACUGGUUUCUAGGCGUCGGUUAGGAAGGCCUGGGCUUGCAGAGAAGGAGUCGGGCUGCUGAUGAAACUGCCCUGUUAAAAGGCCUUGAAGGAUGACUCAGUGACGAGGCUGGGAAAUAAGAUUAGACCCCCUUCCUUGCAUCUUAUACUGAACUACAAACUCUCAGGCUUCCAGUUGGCCAGGUGGUGAGUUCCAGGACCUGGUCAGGGGCUACCACAGCUGUCAGAGAGCUCAUCCUGUUUGGAGCAGUUUCUACCAGCCUCACACUGGGAAGGAUGGUGUCACAGUGUAAGGACCGGCGGGACUCGCCUGUGGACCCCUGGAAAGGGAUCAGCCGUGACUCUGGAGACACUGAUGGUUGGCCCAGCCUCCUGGACUCUGACCAAUCCAUUUGCCAAUUGGACAUCAGACUCAGGAGGAACAAAGCUGCCUGGUUGAACUCCCCCUGUGUGGAGCCAGUAACUCUGGACCUGCCCUCCCAGGGACCAAUAGCACAGAACACUGGGAACAACAUUGGGGCAGCAGCAGACCCUCCCUUGAGCCCCUCACCAGAAUCCCCAGGAGACUUCCUGACAGAAAUGCUGUUGUCUGAUGGUAUUGUGGACUUGGAGAGCAGCACCUCUACCCAUGGAUCAAGAGAAAAGGAGAGCGACUUUUUGGCAUCCACAGAAGAGCAGAAGGUGCUUCCAGAACCAUCUCAGCAACCAUCUAUGGCCACAGGCCCUAAGAGUUUGGCUGCUUGCCCAUUUCCUGAGGUUGGCAGUGCUUGUUUCAAGUCUUCUCGCUUGAUGAUUUCUGCAGACAAAGGCGCUGAUCAAGUGAACAGAAGAGCCAGUUCUUUGAAUUCCUAUUCACUGGAGACAUUUAUACUGCCUUUUGACAUAGACAAGGAGAAUGCCCACUUUCAUGUGCUAGAUAUGAUAAUCUCAGCCAUGGAGAAAAUGAAGUGGGACAUGCGGAUUCAGCUGCAGACAGAGAGCUACAACAGGGAGGAAGCCAGCCCGUCCUUCCGGAAUGAUCAAGAUGGCCCGGAAGUGACCUUUUAUAACCAUCCAAAGCCAGAACCCUGUUUCUCCAUGUUUUCAGAGAGCAGCUAUGAAGGUUGUGCCUCGUUACCAGUGGCCAGCACUAUGGCUGACCCGUCCUCUCCCUCCCAUGGAGGGAAGGCGGCCUGCAAGAGUAACCUUGAUGAUUUUGUCAUUUUAGGACUUGAGGAGUCUAAUGCUGUCAUGGAAACCUGUGGAUGCUCCUGCCCAUCUAAGAGUGCUACUUACCAGCCAUCCUUCAAUUCUGCCGAGUUAUUAGCCACAGAGUUGCUCAGAAUUUUCCGGAAAAACAGGACUUUGUCUGUUGCUAGUUCUCAGGUGCCUGUUUCCCUGACUGCAGCUGGCUCGAUAGUUGUAAAUGAAGAACAAAUACACAACAACUUUGAAUCCAGUAUAGAGUCCAUACAGGAAGUGAAAUCAAAGCCUAGGAUCAGAGGGGCAGAAGACUGGGCCCCACCUAGGUUUCAAAUCAUACUUAAUGUUCAUCCACCUCUCAAGAGGGACCUGGUGAUUGUGGCACAGAACUUUGUCUGUGCAGGCUGUGGAACUUCUGUAGAGCCGAAGUUUGUGAAGCGGCUUCGGUACUGCGAGUACCUGGGCAGGUAUUUCUGUGCGUGCUGCCAUUCCUCUGCCGAGUCCUGCAUCCCUGCACGCAUCCUGACCAUGUGGGAUUUCAGGAAGUACUCCGUCAGCAAUUUCUCCAAACACCUGCUCGACAGCAUAUGGCACCAGCCCAUUUUCAACCUGAUGAGCACCAGCCAUAGUCUGUACGCGAAAGCCAAGGAACUGGACAGGGUGAAGGACAUCCGGGAGCAGCUGUUUCAUGUCAAGAAGCUGUUGAAGAGUUGCAGGUUUGCUGACAGCGUGUUGAAGGCCUUUGAGCAGCUGCCUGGACACUUAACUGAUGAACUCCACCUGUUCUCCAUGGACGACCUGGUCAGGACCAAGAAAGGGCUGCUGGCACCCCUGCUCAAGGACCUUCUGAAAGUUUCUCUCACACAUGUGGCAGGCUGCGAGCUGUGCCAGGGAAAGGGCUUCAUCUGUGAAUUUUGCCAGAGUACGACUGUCAUCUUCCCAUUUCAGACCACAACCUGUAGGAGAUGCUCAGCCUGCAGAGCUUGUUUUCAUAAACAGUGCUUCCAGGCUGCUGGGUGCCCCCGAUGUGCCAGGAUCACAGCUCGGAGAAAACUUCUGGAAAGUUUGUCUUCUGCAGCAACAUGAUGUCCCUAAGUGAGGUGGAAAAGACUGUAAAACACACUUUAGGCAAAGAACCAUUGGUGACUACUAUUAAUAUAAUUGUUUUAGGUAUUAAGCCUUGUAUAUUAAGAAAAAGAUUUCUAAAUUUCUAUUUGUUGUAUAUAUGUAAUGUUUGAAAAGAAGAAUGUUGUUAACUAUAGGGUUUUUGUUUACAAAUGUUGGAUUUUUUGCUGCUACUUGUUCUUGUUUUUUUUUUUUUUACAGAAUUUUUGAAAUUCCUAAAUUGUACUUGGAUAGUUGCAUUUGCACAAUCUUAGAACUUUAAAAAAAAUGAAUUGUCAGUGAACCAUUCAGUUUCUCCAGCCUUACAGCUUGUUUAUAAAACUGAUUAGGUAUUUUCAAUGAGUAAAAAAAUACAAC